AUGGGAAGAAGAUACAUGCCACUGGCAGCGGGAAAUCGGAUGCCACUGGAACAAGUAUACGAGCACAGAAGCAGCGUCCAACGUCACAUGAAGUGUCUGAAAUACGCACACGAAAAUGGAUGUCCAUGGGAAGAAGAUACAUGCCUAGCUUACGCCUUUGAGAACGGGUGCUACAUUCAAGAAUAUACGUGCAGCCAGGCAACAUUGUACGGUCACCUGGAGUACCUGAAUUACGCACGGGAAAUCGGAUGCCACUGGAACAAGUAA